CCCCUCCACCUCCUCCUCUAGACCCCCCUCCACCUCCUCCUCUAGAUCCCCCUCCACCUCCUCUGGACCCACAACCUCCUCCUCGUCUCGUCCCACCUCUUUCUCGUCUAGAUCCUCCACCUGAUUUAGAUCCUCCACCUCCUCAAGAUCCACUUCCUCAAGAUCCACCUCGUCUGGGAGUCUGGUCUAGUCUGGGUCUAGUCUGGGUCAGUGGGUGGGUCGGCGUCUGUGUGAGUAGAGGGUGAGUCAGGGUGAGUCAGAGUGAGUCAGGGUGAGUCUAGGUGAAUAAAGGGUGAGUCUAGGUGAAUAAAGGGUGAGUCUAGGUGAAUAAAGGGUGAGUCUAGGUGAAUAAAGGGUGAGUAGAGGGUGAGUCUAGGUGAAUAAAGGGUGAGUCAGGGUGAGUCUGGGUCAGGGUGAGUCUGGGUCUAGGUGAGUCUAGGUGAGGCAGGGUGAGUCUGGGUCUAGGGGAGUCUGGGUCUAGGUGAGUCUGGGUCUAGGUGAGUCUGGGUCAGGGUGAGUCUGGGUCUAGGUGAGUCAGGGUGAGUCUGUGUCUAGGUGAGUCUAGGUGAGGCAGGGUGAGUCUGGGUCUAGGUGAGUCUGGGUCUAGGUGAGUCUGGGUCUAGGUGAGUCUGGGUCAGGGUGAGUCUGGUUCUAGGUGAGUCUGGUUCGCCAUGUCUCUGCUGUGCUACAAUCGAGGCUGCGGGCAACGAUUUGACGCGGACUCAAACGACGAUGGUUGCUGCAUCCACCACCCGGGGGUCCCGGUGUUCCACGACGCUCUCAAGGGUUGGUCUUGCUGUAAGCGGAGAACGACCGACUUCUCCGACUUCCUCGGCAUCCCGGGCUGCACCAGCGGGCGUCACAGCAACGUGAAGCCGCCCGAGGCCGUGAAGCCAGAAGUUCGCAGCGACAAGGAGCGAGAGGCUGGCGACGCUGGGACGGAGCGGGGAGGAGCCGAGUUCACCAUGGUUCACACGGCCCCUCCCAAACCCAUCGAGAGAGUCGAGAGGCCCAGCCCGGACGAGCCGAUGGUGGAGCUGCCGAUUACCGUGGCGACGUCGCUGAGACAGGCGCUGGAGAAGGUGACGAUCGGAGCCAAGGAGACGCAGAAGGCGGAGGAAGUUCUGGAUGGCAUGGUGCAGCUUGGCACGCUGUGCAAAAACAGCGGCUGCUCAAAGUCAUAUCAGGGCCCGGAGAGCGACAGGGAGGAUUGCGUCUACCACACGGGCGGCCCGGUCUUCCACGAAGGGGUGAAGUUCUGGUCGUGCUGCCGUCGCAAAACGAGUGACUUCAACACCUUCCUGUCGCAGCCCGGCUGCCACCGCGCCACUCACGUCUGGGUCAAGGCGGAGUGCCGCAAGGCCGUGCCGUGCCGCUACGACUGGCACCAGACGGCGACGCAGGUGGUGGUGACGGUCUACGCACGGCACGGCAACCCCCAUGCCACGCACGUCCUCGCCAACCGCACCCACCUGAUCGUGAGAGUGGAGUUUGAGGGAGACAAGGAGUUCAACCUGGACGUCGACCUCUUUGGGGUGAUCGACCCUGCGGGCAGCUCGGUGGCGAUGGCGGCGUCCAAGGUGGAGGUGACGCUGGCCAAGAGCUCCCCACGGCCUCGCUGGGCAUCGCUGGCUCAGCACCACCCACGCACGCAGCGAGACCACGCUGACGAUGACGCUGACGAGGGGGACGAGGGGGACGAGGGGGAGCGUUACUGAGAGAUAAAACUAAAGACAUUCACUUCGAGAGAGUCGACCCAUCUUGCGAUUGACGCGAACCGCCAGCCGCCUCGUCCAAGUCUCCAAGUCUCUCCGUGGCGUCCCCCUGCCGCCACUCGGGGUCACAGCGCGUGGCCGACGUUUCAGUGGCAGCAGGGCGAUGGUGUGGUGUGUUGGACAGCACUAACCGCUUGUGUGUUGGAGAGUAAACCCACUACAACAUUUACAA